AUGGAAAAUAGAAGUGUUGGGAUAGUUAUGAUUGGAUUACCAAAAGUUGGUAAAACAACCCUUGUGAACCAAUUUUGUGGACUUCCAGUGAGUGAAGAAUAUCAACAAACUGAACAAGAACAUACAGUGAAUACAGUACUCACAAUUAACAAAGUAGGAUAUAGAUUUACAUUUAAUGACUGUAAUGGUGAUUCUUUUUUAAAUGCCAGAACUACUAAUAACUCUAUGCUUUCUAAAGGUAAAAUUCAUAUUCUUGUUGCUUCUCGAUCUGAAUCAGAUUCUGGAGAAUUUCUACAAGGUCAAUUUAGAGAUAUCAAUGAUAGAGAUGGUGACAAUAGUCCAUGUUAUAGGUUAGUGUAUGUAACACAUAGUGAUGAAAAUGAUGAUGACAAUGUUGUAGAAAAAAUUAAGUCUUUUCUUCCAGACGGUAUAAAAUUGUUUCAAUUUAAUGCUUUAACUCAAAAAGAAGAUAUUCAAUCUUCUCUAACUGAUUUUUUGAAAAGAGCAGUUGUAGAACAUCAAGAAUUGUUUGAUGGAUGUGUCGUUUCUAAUACUACUUCUAAUUCAAAAUCAUGCAAUGAAUCUUCAAAAAAGGAAAAGAAAGGAAAGAAGUGUGUUAUGCUUUAAUUACUCAAUUGUUUUUCAUUU